UGAGCACACGGCGGCUCGCCUCAUUUGACUCCAGUAACCCACUUUAUCCAGUCCAAGCCAGAAACAUGGAAGAUGAAUCCAGUCAGAGCAAUGGACUAAUGGACGUCACUCUGUUUGACAUGGCCACAAUUUCCUUGUCCACUGCCAACUUUGCGACAUCGUCAAAGCUUGGGGAGGGCGGCUUCGGCGCGGUCUACAAGGGUGAACUCGGAGGAGGGCAGAUGGUCGCGGUGAAACGGCUUUCCAAGUACUCGACGCAGGGCUUGAACGAGUUCAAGAACGAGGUGAUGCUCAUCGCGAAGCUCCAGCAUGUGAACCUCGUCAGGCUCUUGGGUUGCUGCAUCCACGGGGAGGAAAGGAUCCUGGUGUACGAGUACAUGGACAAGAGCCUCGACAUGUUCAUAUUCGAUAAAGCUCGAUCGGCGCAACUGAACUGGUCGAAGCGGUUUGACAUCAUAUUGGGUGUUGCACGCGGGCUUCUGUACCUGCACCAGGACUCGAGGUUCAAGGUCAUUCACAGGGACCUCAAGGCCGGCAACAUCCUCCUCGACGGUGACAUGAACCCUAAGAUCUCUGACUUCGGUGUGGCGAGGACCUUCGGCGGCGAUGGCGCUGACUCGCACACGAGAAGGGUGGUCGGAACUUAUGGGUACAUGUCUCCAGAGUACGCCAUGGAUGGCAUCUUCUCGGUCAAGUCAGACGUGUUCAGCUUUGGUGUGCUGGUCCUCGAGAUCGUCAGCGGCAGGAAGAAUCGGGGAAUGUACGGCAGCGGCGAGCAGACGAGCCUCCUUAGCCACGCAUGGAAGCUGUGGAGGGAGGGCAACGUGCUUGCGCUGCUGGACGAGUUGGUGGCCUGCGAGUGCAGGGAUUCAGAGGCGGCGUUGCGGUGCGUGCAGGUUGGCCUGCUGUGCGUGCAGGAGCGAUCAGAGGAGCGGCCACUCAUGGCGACGGUGUUCCUGAUGCUGAGCAACCAGAGAGCGGUGAUGCCGCAGCCGAGGCACCCGGGCUAUUGCAGUGACCGGGGAUCAGCCUCAACCGAUGGCGAGUACUCAUCAACAUGCACCGUGAACGACAUCACUGUUACCAUCGUAGAGGGUCGUUGACGCCGCGUGGCCUUGGUGACUGAUGCUGGAGGGUUUGCUACUCUAGCUAGCUAGUAAUGCAGUGCCACAGUUCCAAAUUUCUAAUCAAUGGAUGAAGCAGAAUACUAAACAAGGAUAAACAAAAACAAAAACAGAAGCAAAAUACAGAUAAUAAACAUGGUGUCGUAAA